AUGCCCAGGAAGUGUAAAAUUCCUGGAUGCGUUAGUGGCUUGGAGAAAGAUAGGAAGAUUCGUAAUUCUCUUAACAUUAGGCAAGCGUCUUUAUUUUCAGUGCCAAAAGACAAUUCUUUGAGGUUGAAAUGGUCAACCAUCCUCGGAAUAAAUUUAAGUCCAACUAAUUUUAUUUGUGAUUAUCAUUUUAAAGAGGAAGAUAUCGUGAAAGAAGUAAAACACAAUUUUCCGGAUGGUACCUCACAGAUAAUACCACGGGGAAAAUGGACGUUGCUACCUGGUGCAUUACCGAUAAAUUCUGAACCUAGACAUUUUGAGACUGCGGUAAAGUCAAAACAUUUGUCAAACAAAACAACAGACAAUCCGUGUGAUAUAUUAAGAAAUUCUGAAAACCUAUCAGCUACUACUAAAAGGUCAGUAAAAUCACUACAUGUAGAUACUAGUGAAGAAUUGCGAAUAAAAAGAAAGAAAAUCAGUAAAGAAAAUAAUAUUUAUAUUCAUCAGUGUCAGCUUAUACAACCUACUGCAUCAGAUUAUAGUACUGCAAAGUAUUGUACACCACAAACAACCCAAGAAAACUGCAAUGGUAAUAUUGUGGAAGUAAUUGCAGAAUCGGAUGAAAUUCCUUUACAAAUUUUGAACGAUAAGAAGACGCAAUAUUCAUUUGAGAAUAUACUCAGUUUCAUAAAAAUGCCUCCUGCUUGGUUAUAUAUGCUUAACACGAAAGAACUAAUAUUUGUCCAUGUAGAUACCCUUACAUUAACUGAGAAACUACGAGUAUUUCUAACCGCGCCAGACAUGUCAGUUUCGGUAUUAUUUAAUAAGAGAUAUAAAUAUGACUUAAAAGAACGGAUUACUUGUGACGAUGAUCUGUUAAAUAUUUUUGAACAGCUAAAAAAUACACCAGCUUGUACUGGUACAGGGCUAAAACGAAUGAGUGCUUCUGUGAAUUGCUGUGGGAUAAUUUUGGAUGAAGAAAAAUAUCAACGCCAGCAGCGUAAUCCACGAUGCAAAGCAUGCCGUGUUCUCCGUCAUCGAUUACAAAAACAAAUUGCAAGGCAACAUCAUGCCGUUAAUAAAACGUGUAAUCCACGGAAAGAGUUGAAAAGUUUUAAGGUUAAUUGCAAACGUUUGCAGAAAAAGGUGAUCUAUCAAAAUAUUUUCCAGUGAAAUUUGAUUUUUUUUUUAAAUUAAAUAAAUAGCCGAGUUAUAAUUAGUUUUUUAAAAUGCACUUUAAUUGUUUUGUACGCCGCCGCUGUAAUAUUCAUGUGUUACAAAUACAUGAAUUGUUGGCAACCUACAGUGCUUGCUGAGGGGGAGAUAGUGCAGGUCGUGGUAGCAAUCACAGCAGGUAGGACGGAGCGUAGUCUAGUCACAAAGCAAGAAAAGAACAGAUGCAAGCUCAGAAUGUUGCGUAUAAGGAAGAAGGACUGUUAAUAUGGUGCUGGAAUCCCUGACUGAUUUGAAAGCAGUCUACAUUAUUGAUAACUUUCUCAAAUUUCUAAUUUCAGAUUUUAUUCAUGGAAACUUUAGCUCAAAAAGUUAUGAACCGAUCGUUAUGAACAUUGAAAGUGUGUUUCUUUAAGAACUUAUAAUGAACCAAUGAGAUGAUAUCAUAAUUUUAAGGGCAUUUUUUAUUCAA